AUGUAUAAAAGAGAAAUAAUGGACGGAGAACAACAAACCCCUUCUAUUAAUAAUAAUACUAAUAAUAAUGAACAAUCCUUUAGCUCUGGACUUGGAGUCACUUCAACAGGCAUUCCAGUAUUUGUAGAAGCAUUUUUAUCUUCAUUCUUUGUAUUGAGUUCUGCUAUUCUUUUCUUUGUAGAAAAGACAAAUGUUUAUUGCAGAUCAGUUGCUCUUCAAGGAGUAAUUUGGUUCUUUGUUUUAUUUAUUGCAGCAUUCCCUUUCUAUUUGACUUGUAUUGCUUUUGGUGGAUUUUUUGAAGUUGUAAUGAUGCUUUAUGUUUUGUUCUAUCUCAUAUUCAAAAUAUUCCUUAUUGUCAUUGCUCUUCUUCGUGCUCGUUCAGAAGUCUUCUUUGCUAUUCCCCCAUUUGGUCAUCUCAUCAACAAAUAUGCUGCUACUUCUGACUAA